AUGGCUCUCUCUAUCGGUCUUGGAAACCUUGAUUAUAAUGCAAUACAAGCUCAAGAUUUGACAACAUAUUUGGAGAACAAAGUUGCUGAAAUUCGAGAAGCUCGUGUUAAUUGGCAAUCAUAUCUUCAGGGACAGAUGAUUAAUCAGAGGCAAUUUGAUUUUAUUUCUCAGCUCGACAAUGCGGUUAAUUCUGAUGGUCGAUCCCGGGUUAUAAACGAAUUUAAUGAUGAAGUUCCGCAAUUAUUCAUCUCUCUCAUUAAUCGCAUUUCAAAAGAAAAAACACUUCAAUAUCUGCUUUCUCUUAUGGAUGAAAUGUUCACAGAGGAGACUUGUCGCGUUGAAUUAUUUCGCAAAUACUUUGAUUGUAAAUCGGAGAAUAUUUGGAACUACUUCUUCAAUUUCCUCCAAAGAUCCGACGAGAUUUGCGUUUAUCAGAUCUCUAAAAUAAUUACCAAACUUGCUUGUUGGUCCUCCCAAAAGAUGGAUGAAAAGUCACUGGGCUUCUUUUACGAUUGGCUAUUGGAGCAUAUUCAAGUACCUAAAAAUCAAUAUAUUCGAACAAUUGCAAGAAACUUACAAAUGCUUCUUCGCGUUCGCAAUUAUCGCUUCAAAUUUGUUGAAAAACAAGGUGUCUCUGUUUUGCUAAAGGUACUCGCGAACAAGAAUUCCAGCAUGGAGAUUCUCUAUCAACUGACCUUCUGUUUGUGGUGCCUAAGUUUCAACGAAGAUCUUGUAUCUGUUAUGCUCAAGGAGCCUACACUUGUGAAUACCGUCUGUGAUUUUUUCACUAUUACUGAUCGUGAAAAAGAUCUUCGUAUCUGUUUGGCCCUUAUGCGAUCGAUUUUGGAUCAGCUUACUGAUGCUCGCACGAAGCGUGCGAUCUCCCUUAGAAUGGUUCAAAACAAGGCCCUCAAGCGUCUUGAUAUUCUCGCUCUAAAGGAACUUAAUCAUGACCCUGAGAUGUUGGCUGAUUUAAAAGUUCUUCGGGACACUCUGGUGGAGUGCGUUCAGGAUGUAAGUAGUUUGGAAGAGUAUGUCACUGAAUUAGCCACCGGUCGUCUCGUUUGGUCUCCCGUCCACAAAUCUGCUCAAUUUUGGCGUGAAAAUGCCGACAAAUUCACGGAUAACAACUAUGAACUUCUCAGGAUGUUGAUCUAUUUACUGGAAUAUUCAACUGACCCACAAGUUCUCGCUAUUGCCUCCAAUGAUAUUGGUGAAUUCGUUAGUCACUACGCACGAGGAAAACAAGUUAUUGAUAAACUGAACGCAAAGCCGUUGGUAAUGACCCUUCUUCAACACAACGAUGCCUCUGUUCGCUAUAAUGCUCUUCUUGCUCUUCAAAAGAUUAUGGUUCACAACUGGUACGUCACAGAUACCACCGCUGGCCUUUAUUCCUAUUUAAUUCAAUUUCCAGUGGUGUAUCUUAUUCAUUUUUAG